CGUUAGUGUACCAAACCCGAGUACUCAACAACAACCAAUGGGCCAAAACUUUCCGGAAAAGAGACAACAGAUAGUGUACCACAAGCGGUGCCAUGGCGUCGAUCGAAUGCCAACCCUUUGGUUCCCACACGAGCAGGCACACGACAGAACUUAGCAGUUGGAACGUAAGGAUGCCACCGAAAGGGUACAGAACAAAGAAAACCAUUGCAGACAAAGGCGGAACCCACCAAAUUGAAAAGGCUUUCACGGCAAGUUUUCGCUGCUACAGCAAGGAUCAAACCUGACCAUGAAAACCAAAUACAUAUAACACACAAUUACGCAUCGCAAACUUCAUACACACCGCACAACCCACCAACAGACCAAAGGCCAAGUUUUUAACUCAGCAGUUAGCCCACCAGCGAAUGCCUGGUGUCCAUGACAGUCACGUCGAUGAGUGCCAUGCAAGACCGAAGAAAACCGACAACAAGUCUGAUCUCCUAUCCUUGGUUUCUUUCCCUGAGGGUAAACUUCCUGUCAGAUACUUGGGACUUCCUUUGACUUCUCAAAGAGCUUCAGAGAGAGACUUUGCCCCCCUUAUUGCCAAAGUGGAUGCGAAUAUCAGGAAAUGGAACACUAGGUCUCUAUCUUCUACUGGCAGACUGGAAUUGAUUAGAAGUGUGAUUCAAGGAAUUGAGGGUUUCUGGUUUCAGGCUUUCCCCAUUCACAAAUCUGUUUUAGAUAGAAUAACUACCCUCUGCAGAGCUUUCUUGUGGGGUAGUAAAUUCUGCAAAGUGGCCUGGGAUGACAUCUGUAAACCCAAAGAUGAAGGGGGUUUGGGACUCAGAAACUCAACCAUUUGGAACCAAGCACUCUUGGCUAAGUGCUUCUGGAACAUUGCAGCAAAUAAGGAAACUUUAUGGAUACAAUGGGUGCAUUCUGUCUACCUUCAGGGCAGUGAAUUAUGGACCUGGAAUCCUGGAAAAAAGGACUCACACUUCUCCAAGAAGGUUGCUGAAAUUAGAGACUCUCUUUUGCAAAAGUGUGGUGACAGAUUCAUGAUUGAAGACAAUCUUUGUGAUAUGGGGGAUAUUAAAGCCACCAAGGUCUAUUACCUUUUGAGGUCCAAGGGUAACAUUAGAUGUUGGAUGAAAGCAAUUUGGAAGCCUUAUAUCCCUCCUAGAUACUCCUUCACUGUUUGGCUUACCCUCAGAGGAAGACUUCCUACAAAAAGGAAUCUCCACUUCCUCCACUUGGCCAAUAGAAAUUGUGAAUUCUGUAAUACUGGGGAGGAAACUGCCCACCACCUUAACUUCCUUUGUGAGAAUACUGCCCUCAUUUGGGGAGCCAACAGAAACUGGCUUAAAAUUGCACCAGCCUUAACCACACUUGAGAGAGCCAUUGAAUGGAUUAAUCAUGCCCUGGUUGUCCUCAUUCCUAAGGUCAGGGAGAACCCUAGUGCUAAAGAUUAUAGACCCAUAGCCUGUUCUAAUGUGGUCUAUAAAAUAAUCACUAAAAUCCUCUCCAACAGAAUGGCUGGACUACUUCCUAGCCUCAUUAAUCCUGAUCAGGCUACUUUCAUUAAGGGCAGGAGCAUUGUGGACAAUAUCCUUUUGGCACAACACCUGGUUAGGGGGGGAAAUGUGGAUUCUGUCAAUGUUUUGGCAAAAGCUAUCAAAAUUUUCUCCCAAGUAUCUCGGUUGCAUGUGAACCCUCUCAAAUCCAAUAUCUUUCUGGCCGGAGAGAUCAAAGACAGGAAAGAGGAUAUCCUAGCUUUGGUGCCUUUCCUUCAGGGUAAACUGCCUGUUAGAUACCUGGGACUACCUCUUACCUCACAGAGAGCUUCUGAAAGAGACUUUGCCCCACUUGUGAAUAAGGUGGAUGAACAUAUCAGAAAAUGGAAUGCCAAAACCCUAUCUGCUACUGGAAGAUUGGAAUUCAUCAGAUCUGUUAUCCAAGGAAUUGAAGGAUUCUGGUUCCAAGCUUUCCCUAUUCAUAAAUCUGUCUUGGAUAGGAUAACCUCCCUUUGUAGAACUUUCCUUUGGGGGAGCAAGUUCUGUAAGGUUGCUUGGGAGGAUAUCUGCAAUCCCAAGGAUGAAGGGGGGCUUGCACUGAACCAGCCCAUUAUUUGGAAUCAGGCACUUUUGAGCAAGAACCUGUGGAAUAUUGCCUCUAACAAGGAAACGCUGUGGGUGCAAUGGGUUCACUCUGUUUACCUUGAUGGAAUGACUUUUGGACUUGGAGUCCUGGGAAAAAGGACUCUCAUUUUUUCAAGAAACUGAUUGAAAUCAGGGACCUGCUGCUACUCAAUUGUGGGGACAGAUGGGAACUUGAAAACCAACUCUGUGAUCUGGGUGAAAUAUCAGCUACCAAGGUUUAUGAUUUACUUAGAACCAGGGCAGUGAUGAGACCCUAGAUGAAGGCUAUUUGGGAACCCUACAUCCCACCCAGAUACUCCUUCUGUGCUUGGUUGAUCUUCCGUAACAGAAUUCCUACCAAAACUAGCCUUCAUUUCAUUGAUAUGGAGAAUAGAUUAUGUGAACUAUG